CAUUCUGUGCUUUUGAUACAGUGGUGAAGACCCACACAGCAAGUAUAAAGCACUGCAGUAACUGUGUACAAGCUGUAGAACAAGCGUGCUUGGGUUUGAAGCACCUCUAAUUAGCCCUAGGUGUUGACUGAUACAGGAAACCAACCCCUUUUUAAAAUGCCCCUCAGAACAUGGGUGUUGGAACACCUGGGACUGCAGUUCUGGAGACUGCCACCAGGUGGCACCAACAAUAUCAGUUCUCAAUGUCCACUAUCAUCAGCUUUAUUGAUAGAAUCGGGACCCUCAGUGGUUUUGGCCUUUAGAGCAAAGAAUGAGAGUGCCCUUGGGCACUACAAUUCUCGUAGAAAGGGCAAGUUGAAUUGAAGAAACAUCAUAAGGAAGUGCAUGGACUGUUCAAUCCAUGCCAUACUCUUGGAUAAUGGUCAUUGCUUAUUCCCCCCAAAGGAGGUCUAUUACCCAUUGUUCAUCGUCUAAGUCUCCACCCCGCUCCCAGAAAGAGCCCAGAGUGCAAGAAAGAAUCUGUAAAGGUUCCAGGCUUGUCAGACCAUUUGCAGGUCUGGGCUCUACUGCUCCACAGUGGAAACCAUCACCACAAGAUGAUGGGGGGGCCAGGUUGCUUCCUGGAGGCCUCCGCAGGAAGUGCUCCGUCUUCCACCUCUUCAUCGCCUUCCUCCUGCUGGUCUUAUUCUCCCUGCUCUGGCUGCAGCUCAGCUGCUCUGGAGACAUGGCCCAGGUGACCAGGGGACAAGGGCAGGAGACCGCGGGCCCGCCUCGGGCUUGCCCUCCAGAGCCGCCCCCUGAGCACUGGGAAGAAGAUGCAUCGUGGGGACCUCACCGCCUGGCAGUGCUGGUGCCCUUCCGGGAACGCUUUGAGGAGCUCCUGGUCUUUGUGCCCCACAUGCACCGCUUCCUAAGCAGGAAAAAGAUCCCGCACCACAUCUAUGUGCUCAACCAGGUGGAUCAUUUCAGGUUCAAUCGGGCAGCGCUCAUCAAUGUGGGCUUCCUGGAGAGCAGCAACAGCACAGACUACAUUGCCAUGCACGACGUGGAUCUGCUCCCUCUCAACGAGGAGCUGGACUAUGGCUUCCCAGAGGCCGGGCCCUUCCACGUGGCCUCCCCAGAGCUCCACCCUCUCUACCACUACAAGACCUAUGUAGGCGGCAUUCUGCUGCUCUCCAAGCAGCACUACCAGCUGUGCAACGGGAUGUCCAACCGCUUCUGGGGCUGGGGCCGAGAGGACGAUGAGUUCUACCGCCGCAUCAAGGGAGCUGGCCUCCAGCUUUUCCGCCCCUCAGGAAUCACAACUGGGUACCAGACAUUUCGCCACUUGCAUGACCCAGCCUGGCGGAAGAGGGACCAGAAACGCAUUGCAGCUCAAAAACAGGAGCAAUUCAAGGUGGACCGGGAGGGAGGUCUGAACACUGUGAAGUACCGGGUGGAUUCCCGCACAGCGCUGUCUGUAGGAGGGGCCCCCUGCACUGUUCUCAAUAUCGUGCUGGACUGCGACAAGGCAGCCACCCCGUGGUGCAUAUUUGGCUGAGUUGGCUGAACAGUAUGGAAGCUGUUAUUCCAGACCUCAGUGCUGCUCAAGCUCAGGAAACCUCAGGCCUGAGGCCCAGCUCAGGACGCAGAGUGGCCUGCAGGAAGAGCCAGACAGCUCUGUAUCUGGGGCAGCCUGGCCCCAGCCAGGCUCAAGACAGGACACAGGCAGUUCCUGGGAUGCUGCUGGAAAAUUGCCAGAGAGAGGCUAGGCUGGAGGUGGGCUCUUGACUGGGAUUCUCCACCCUGCCUUCCCGCUUACUCUGCUCUGCCCGCCCGCCCGCCCGCCCACGCUGAGGCCCGAGGCAAAGGAAAGAUGGGCUCGGACAGCCUCCCCAGCCUUCUGCUCCUUUGGAAGAAGAGCCUCAUGCAAAGAUGUAGUCAGAAGCCGCCAUGGCCGGGGCGUAUGGCAGUGGCUAUUAGGAGGCUUAGAACUUCAGAAGGCUGAGCAUGAGCCCCAAGGGAGCAAAGGACCGGCUAAUACUAGCUGUAGCUGGUUGUCACCAUGGAGGACUGGUGUGGGGGUGGGGUGCUUGGGUCACCAGGUCUCACUUUUCAAAAGAAACUAGAAUGCUGGAUCCUUAUGCAGAAUUUUCUGAUUUUUAAAUGGUAACAGCUAACUAAAACUUUAAUAAGCUAUGGAGGCCAAA